AUUUGGUCUAGUCUAUUCAUGGGAUAGGCUUUCCACUCCGAUGUAUGGGCUUUACGCAAGGGGAGUGGUAGGCCUACGAUAGGCUACGUUUAUUCUAAACAUUCUCUUGGGCUGAUAGACUAACAGCUGGGUGGCAGUUUUUGUGCCGAAGCGCAAAACACAACUAAAUUAAAACGGUAGGCCUACAACGUCACCGAGAACAACGGAAAUCGUCAGGCGAUAGUCACAGAAAUUACACUCCAAGCGGAACACAGUUUCAGCUCCGGUCUCGGCUCUAAAUCUCGGUCGUUGUCAAAGAGAGGUGCUGUGAUGUCCGCCAGUUCUGCAUUUAGUGAUGACAAAGGUGGCUCCUCUAAUGUCGGAGAGCCGGAGUAUGGACAUGAUCCUGCAAGCGGUGGGAUUUUCUCAUCUGAUUACAAGAGACAUGAUGACUUAAAAGAAAUGUUGGACAGCAACAAAGACUCCUUAAAACUGGAAGCUAUGAAGAGGAUUGUUGCUAUGAUCGCCAGAGGAAAGAAUGCCUCAGAAUUGUUUCCAGCCGUGGUGAAGAAUGUGGCUUGUAAAAACAUUGAAGUGAAGAAGCUUGUGUAUGUUUACCUUGUGCGUUACGCUGAGGAACAGCAGGAUCUAGCUCUGCUCUCCAUCUCCACGUUCCAGCGCGGGUUAAAGGACCCUAACCAGCUGAUUCGAGCAAGUGCGCUACGGGUACUCUCCAGUAUCAGAGUCACUAUUAUAGUGCCAAUCAUGAUGCUUGCCAUCAAAGAAGCUGCAUCGGAUAUGUCUCCUUAUGUCCGUAAAACUGCUGCUCAUGCCAUCCCAAAACUGUACAGUUUGGACCCUGAACAGAAGGACCAAUUGAUAGAGGUUAUAGAGAAGCUUCUUGCUGAUAAAACUACGCUUGUUGCUGGAAGUGUUGUCAUGGCCUUUGAGGAGGUUUGUCCGGAGCGCAUUGACUUAAUCCAUAAAAACUACCGUAAAUUGUGCAACCUACUGAUUGAUGUGGAGGAAUGGGGUCAGGUGGUCAUCAUCAACAUGCUUACCCGAUACGCUAGGACUCAAUUCCUUAACCCCAACAUUAAUGAGUCUCUUCUGGAGGAAGGGGGGGAGAAGGCUUUCUAUGGUUCUGAGGAGGAUGAAGAAGCAAAGGAGGAGAAUACUGAAGCGUCCACAGUGGCCAAAAGAAAACCCUAUGUCAUGGAUCCUGACCACAGACUUUUACUGAGAAACACUAAACCUCUCCUACAAAGUCGGAAUGCAGCUGUUGUAAUGGCAGUUGCCCAGCUCUACUUCCACCUUGCCCCAAAAGCAGAGGUUGGUGUUAUCGCAAAAGCUCUUGUUCGGCUUAUGAGAAGCCACAGUGAAGUCCAGUAUGUUGUCUUGCAAAAUGUGGCCACCAUGACCAUCAAAAGAAGGGGGAUGUUUGAACCAUACCUGAAGAGCUUCUAUAUACGCUCCACAGACCCAACACAGAUCAAAGUCCUUAAGCUUGAGGUUUUAACUAAUUUGGCAAAUGAGACCAAUAUUUCAACAAUCCUUAGAGAAUUUCAGACGUACAUUAAAAGUAUGGACAAAGAUUUUGUUGCUGCCACAAUCCAAGCCAUUGGUCGCUGUGCCACAAAUAUCGGCGAGGUCCGGGAUACAUGUUUGAAUGGAUUAGUCCAGUUACUCUCCAACCGCGAUGAGCUGGUAGUGGCUGAAUCAGUGGUGGUGAUAAAGAAACUCUUACAGAUGCAACCGGAGCAGCAUAGUGAGAUUAUUAAGCAUAUGGCUAAACUCACAGACAACAUUCAGGUCCCAAUGGCACGCGCUAGCAUUCUGUGGCUAAUUGGAGAGUACUGUGAGCAUGUGCCCAAGAUUGCUCCUGAUGUCCUAAGGAAGAUGGCUAAGACAUUCACUAAUGAGGAAGACAUUGUCAAGCUACAGAUAAUCAAUCUGGCAGCCAAACUCUACCUUACGAACUCAAAACAAACAAAAUUGCUUACGCAAUAUGUGCUCAACCUGGCAAAGUAUGACCAAAAUUAUGACAUUCGUGACCGGGCUCGAUUCAUCCGCCAACUCAUUGUGCCCAUGGAUAAGGGUGGUGCCCUUAACAAGUAUGCUAAGAAGCUGUUCCUUGCCUUGAAACCUGCUCCUGUCUUGGAGUCUCCAUUUAAAGACCGGGACCACUUCCAGCUGGGCUCUCUGUCCCAUCUGCUGAACGCCAAAGCAGGUGGAUACCAGGAGUUACCGGACUGGCCUGAAGUGGCACCAGACCCAUCUGUGCGCAACGUGGAGGUUAUUAAGCUGCUUGAAAGAGUCACAACCUUAACCAGUGUUCCUGAAUGGACCAAGUGUAGCAGCCGCGACAAGAGGAAAGACAAGAAAGUGGAGAAGCCCUUCUACUCGGACUCUGAGGGAGAAUCUGGCCCAACAGAAUCAGCAGACAGUGGAUCAGAUUCUGUCAGUGGUUCAGAAAGCAGCAGCAGCAGUGAGGACAGUGGCUCAGGAUCUGAGACUGAGGACAGCGAGGAUGAUUCUGAUUCUGAUGAAGAAGAGGAAGAGGAGAAAAAAGGGAGAAAGAAGAUUGUACAAAGAAAAAUGAAGACCUCUGCUUCAGAGAGCGCUGCCAGUGAGGAAAGUGGCAAUGAAGUGAAGAUGCAGCAGAAGCCUAAAAUGGGGAAUAGAUCAAAGUCUGACGAGGAGAGUGAAUCAGAAAGCAGCGAAUCAGAAUCAGACUCGGAGCAGGAGUCUGAGUCUGAGACAGAUGUCAAGACAAAGAAGAAGGUCUCUGCGUCCAACCCUCCCUCCAAACAAACCAAAAAAACAACUGUUGAAAAGAAGGAAAUGUCUCUUCUUGACCUAGAUGAUUUUGAAUCGACCACAUCUCAUCAAGUCACUCCAGUCAACAAUGUACUAUCAAACAGUUUGGUGACCGAUUUAGAGGGCUUAUCCUUGACUGAUACCAUGAUUCCCUCAGCGACUAUUGCUUCACCCAGCUCAGUGAAGAUGUACGAGCUCUUGCACCGUAUCAAAGGGGAGGGUCUGGCAGUGGAGUACUGCUUCAGCAGACAACCUUUCAGUUUUGAUAAAAACAUGUUAGCUGUCCAGAUUCAGUUUUCUAACAAUACCACAUCAGAGGUCAAGAAUCUGCAUGUAGAGGAACCAAAGUUACAGUCUGGCAUGAGGAUGAAGGAGUUUCCUGAAAUUGACGUGUUGCCCCCAUCUGGGUCUGCCACUGUAGUGAUGGGCAUCGAUUUUUGUGAUUCCACACAAGCUGCAAAUUUUCAGCUAUGUACACACACAAGGAAGUUUUUUGUCUCUAUUCAACCUCCAGUGGGAGAGCUGAUGACGCCAAUCUUCAUGACAGAAAAUGAAUUUAAAAAAGAGCAAGGUAAGCUGAUGGGCAUGAAUGAGAUCACGGAGAAGCUAGUCUUGGGAGAGAUAUGUCAGAAUGACCAUGCUAUUGUCCAAAGGGUCACCUCGGCAGCCAACAUCAGCAGAGUGCCAUGUGGCUCAGACAAGGAGUGCAGUCUCUGUUUUCCUUCUCCAUCAACUCAAUCCCACAGAUUUGCAGGAAAAACAGUCACCAGUGGCAGUUUAGUACUUGUUACCGUGCUGACCAAGGAGGAAGGUGCAGCUCAGCUGACCAUCAAUUGUGAAAAGAUGGUAAUUGGAACAAUGCUGGUGAAGGAUAUCUUACAGGCUUUGACCCAGUAACACUUCCAGUAAAGACACACAAUUUCCAUCAACCUGUAAUUCCUGAACUAUACAGUGUGUAGUGUGCUAGAUGUAUUGACCUAGUUUGCACAUGAUUACAGUCUAUUAAAAAUAUUAGGUUUUUGUAGUAAAUAUAACCUCCCUGAACUACACACAUUCUCCAGAUGUUGAAAGAUGUGUUUGUGUUGUGACUUUGAAUUUGUAUAUUGACAGUAUAUAACCAUUUGGCAAAAUUGGCAAAAAGGAAAUGAGAAAAUAUUAUCCAACUUUCCAAGUCAUGUCAUGACACCUGAAAGCAAGAUGAAUAAACCAUGAAUAAAAAUUGUGAAAAUAACAGUCUACUUACUAUACCUAUCUCCACUGCCUGUAGUCCUUGUUUGAUGCUUCACUUUGUCCUGUACAUCAGCACCAAAUACUCUCACAAGAAUACCACAUCUCAGUUACAAUAACAUGUCAUAUUCUGUUGCCCACUUACCAGUGGUUUAGAUAGAUGAUAGAUAGAUAGAUAGAUAGAUA